UUAAGGACGCACACAGUGAAAACGUGAUUACCACAAUUAUGUAUUACGUAUUUUCGUUUUUGGCCUUGCAGGACUGAACUCGAGAAACAAGUUAUUUGUUUCCUAGUCCGCGCUUAGCUGUCAAGUAGCAUCGAUGGGUAUUAUUAGAAGUUAAGGUAAUAAAAACAUACAGUGAUAAACUUAAAUAAUUUUAGAGUUUUUGAGAUUUUAUCGGGCGUAUAUUUUGUGUAGAACGACGAAUCAUUGAAAGUGACGUGUGUUUAUAUACAUGGGCACGUUAUCAAAUCUACAGACAGGUUGAUAAAAAUGUAAUCGUGGGGUGAAAUACAGUGUCAGUUAUCAUUAGCAAGCAGAAGAUGGAAGUGAGUAACCACUUGAAAAAGUUCAAAUUACUGUUGGACUAUGUGUUUGAAGGCAAAGUUGUGUUGAAUGAGAAUACGACAGAGAAGUUGUUAAAGUUUUUAGAAGACCGCAGUGAUAACAGUCCUGGCAAAAGACUUCUGGAAACGCCAAGCUUCUCCGAUGUUAUAUUUGAAUCGCUAGAAAAAAUAACAAAUGCAUCGACUUCAGUCCGACUCUUCCUUGUCGAAGUCACAUCAUUACUUUUCAAAAAUGAGUUACAGUUUAUCAAAAUGCAAAAUUCACAUGUCUCGCAAGGCAAUCAAGGUUCAUCUAUCAAAUAUUGCAUUCUACAUAACUUGAGUUCUAAUAUUCAAAGCCGAGCAUUGCAUUUGGCUUGUAUAAAGUUAGCAACGGUGCACUUGACACAUUGCUCUGGAGUUAAAUUACUUUUAGAACAUAGAGUAUGGCGGUACAUAUUGUACCCAAGCAUCUAUCAGGUGUCUAUCCCGAUUGCAAAAGCGGCAUACAAGUUCGUAUCGCUGCUGGUUAUAGAGUUAAACAAGUAUGAAAAGGAGGAACAAUUAAUGGAAGUGUUGGAGUACGUGGUGGAACCCAUCCUCACGAGUGAUUACAACACGGUAGAAGUUAUAGAUCUAGAAACUGAGAAAGUUCUAGUAGACAAGGUAAUUGCACACAUGAAUGCGCUAUUGCAAAUUUUAAUAGACUUGCAAGAUGUAGAAGUGAACCAUGCGGUACGAAUAUUAAAGAACCAUUUUUUUUUCGAACGCGCACUUUUUUAUAUAAUGAGAGUAACGAGAUUGUCACACAUGAUCAGCUUGAUACAUGACAUAGGAUUUAGAUUUCUUUUGGCCACUCACAGACAUUUGUUAUUCAGUGGAAAAAUAGACGAAUUUUGUAAUGAAACAGUCGUUUACUACCGUAACAGUAUUUUGCGAAGCAUUAAAAAAUGGGACAUACCGUCACUCAUAGACUUCUCAAGGAAGAGUGUAAUAUUCUGGUCCAACUUCGAAAAGACUUAUAAAGACCAGCUACCAUUCCCGCUUACAUUUGAAAGAAAUGGAUUCAAAUUAUAUUUGUCGGAUCAAUUGAUGGUGUUCUUAAUAGAGCCCCUGCUAAUUUAUUCGUUAGCUCACAAGGCUGGUCGUACUCAAGCUGAAAGGGAUGAAUUUAUGGAUAACGUCCUCACAAAUAUCGGAAAAAAAUUAACAGAACAUCUCUUCGUUGCUGGCUACGCAUUCAAGCCACUCUUAGAAUCUGGCAACACGACAGAAAUCGCAAUUCUAUCCAUUAGAGAACUAUUAAGUCUGAAGGGUCACUUAAACGCAACACAAGCUGGUCUGUAUUUCCAAGGUCUGUUCCAUAUUCUGGAUAUUUACAUACUGUCGGACGGGUCAGGUGGACUGGUCCUGGAGGAGAACCCUAUCAAGUCCCCGAAUGACGUGCGGUUGCUGUCUCUCGUGUUGGACGCGUUACGCAUGUUGCUCAAGGAACAUAACAUUUCUUGGUACGAGAACGUCGAAAUAGUCAGUCUACAGGAAGGACUCAUGAAUUUGUUGAAGCAAAAUAUUUUGGAAACCAAGCAAAUAGUGCAAGUAUUGGACUUGAUAGAUCUUUGCGUGAAGAAGUUCCUGUGUCCAAAUAUGACGUUGUUAGUGGAAAUCCGUCAGGAGAGCACCUUGACGGUCAUAGGCGAGGUCAUGAGGACGUACAUGCACCAUGAGGACUGGGAAGUCAGGGACUCUGCCCUCAACCUGCUGUUAACCUGCACAGACAUAUCUUUUAUCAAAUACAUACCUCUUCAAAAGGUGAUCAGUGAGAACAGGCUGAUGAUCUUUGCUGCGAAGGCGGCGCUCACAGAUCCACAGUAUUACUCGCAGAGCACCGGUCUCAGGUGCCUGGCUGCUGCCACCAAGAUCGACAGCAUAUGGAAAGAAGUCCUGAUCGACAAUCCUCAUAUCUAUUUGCAACUCGUCUACGUACUAAGGCACCAUCCAGAAGGAAUGGUUCGGAAAGAAGCAGCGAAAGUUUUAACCAAGGUCUACGUGAACCAGAAAAAUUCUCCGACCUUCCAAACUACUUUAUACGAAGUGAUGAUGGCCGCUGCAUUAGACGACCUGCAUUGGGAGGUGCAGUUGGCAGCACUGCGGUUUUGGAGACACGCGAUAUGCAGCCAACUCACGUACAGAGGAAUGAUCGAUGGAAAGUUUCCCUCCGUCACCUUCUCAAAGGCCAAAAGGAAGAUAAUAACACUAAAUGACGAAGAAAUUUUACGGCAACUAACCUCAAUCAUGAACGAUCUGUCGUCCAUAGGUUGUUUAACAGUACUCUACGAAUGCAUGAAUGAGAUUAACAACAUUGAGAUUAUAGAACAAGCUUUCUCUAUGGCAACUGAACUGAUACAAAUAUUAGAUAAAUAUAAAUUCAGAAAUGUAACAGAUUUAGCGAUAACGUACCCACAAGAAUCCAAGCAUGAAAGUAAUGAACAAGAAAUGGCUAUGGACUUGACUGUGGCAGAUAAUACGGCCAUAAGAGACAAAGUUAUAGACAGCAUAUUGAACACGGAUCAAAGUGAGCUCAUAAUCGAUCUACAUGACAGGUAUAUUCAAACAAAGUCAGAUGAAAUGGAUGAAGAUUACAAAUUGUUCAUUUCAACUAGAGAAAAAAUACAUCCGAACAAAUUUCUAGAAGCAUUCAAAGGAACUGAUUACCGCUCAUUAAUUAAGGACAAAAGGAAAUGGAAUUCUGAAGUUUAUAGUUUAGAUGUAUUACUUGAUGAAAUUUUAGACAUUUAAGUUUUAGAUUUAGCAUUACCUUUCAAAUGAUCUUUUUAAUAUCGAUAUGUAUUAUUUAAGUAAUUAUUUAGUUAGUAGGUAUGAUUUGAAUAAAAUAAAAAUCAAAUGAUUAUAAAGAAAAUAUAAUCUCAAGCUUACGAACUGUAA